AUGCUCCCUGCCACUUCAGUGGAUCCGAAGACUGCAGCCACGUUCCGCCUUCUGGAAACAUUCCAUCUCAUCUCUGCACAGUCCAAGAUAUCAGGUUAUGAAUUCUAUACUGCUCUAGCUCGACGUACAGACAACACCGGUGUAAAUCCGCCGAAGAAUCGUUAUCCUGCUUUCAUGAGGAUGAUGCGCGAAUGGCGACAUCUGAAGAUGCUCAAACGUUCAGGAUGUGGACAUGACCCUGGUGGUGUUGCGGCCACGCUUCCUGGUAGCUGUGCGGUACUGUGCCCUGCAUGUCCGCACCCUGGCAAGAAUUUGCCCGCGGAUUGGGCCGACGUGCCGAAGGAUAAGAGAUUAUUCCUAUCUAUCGAUGCCAACUUCUGGCUUAAACGCAAAAAAGUAUCCUCUGAUCAGGUCAACCCUGGCCUCAACCACGGAUAUGCGUAUUUCGUUGAGGAGAAGGCAUACAAGGAGCAUCUUCGUACAUACGACAAGGCAUUCCCAGACGAAAUCAGCACAUGCAAUAACCACGACGCUCUGAAGCUUGCGAGCAUGAAAGGUGCCCAUCAAAGUACCGCUGCCAGUGGCGUUGGGACAGUCGAUUGCGCGCGACACGAUAUGAAGAGACCGUGCUCGGUCGGCGAUCUACAGAAGGGGGAGCAAUAUGUCAACAUGGAUUAUAUAUUUUGGUCUACUGUUUGCCAGCACAGCCCGUUCGAGAUGAUUGACAUUGUCGCAUCCUACGACAUUGCAUGUCAGUGGUCAAAGAAUAUUUGGACCCGGUUCAAGCACUACGGGAUGUCUUCCAACCUCCUCAAUCGCAGUUUUACGUUCGUCAUUCCUAAGUUCCAUCUUCCUGCUCAUCAAGAAUCGUGCCACGUUGCAUACUCUUUUAACCUUCUGCCAUGGGUUGCUCGGACGGAUGGUGAAGGGGUCGAGCGGGGACAUGCCGCACACAACCUGUACGCCUCCAGCAUGAAGGAAAUGGGACCAGGUUCCCGCCGUGACGUCUUGGAUGAUGCGUUUGGCGACAGCAACUGGCGCAAAGUAAGCAACCUUGCAUCUACAUUUUUAGCGAAGGUCAAGAUGGCGGUUCAAGAGCGCUGUGAACACGUCUGUGCUUUUCAUGACUUCAAUGCCGUUAUGACCACAGAAUCCUCGGCAGAAGGAUGGAAGGACAUGGUGGAAGCUUGGGAGAAUGAUUUGGCCUCCCCAAAUCCAUUCAUCGUCACUCGGCCUACUGUCACUCUGGCCGGUGUUCGCCUUCAGCUUGCCGAGGAAGAAGCUGCAAAUUUAACUGCCUCCCGAGAGACUCCUUUUCCUGCGCAAGAAAUGCCACUACUUCUGCCAAGUGCCAUUCAAGGCACGAUGGCUUGUAGUCCUGCUCUGAUGGAAGUCGAAUGGCGACUUUGCUAUGCGCUCGCUAAUGACAUCCUGAACGACCUUCGGCAACAUCUGCGGCUCCGCUCCCACAUGUACAUUUACAAGGACCGCUUCGUGCGUGGACAGCGACAGAACACCCGUGCAAGGACCACCAUUCAAAUUGUCGAGGACAAGGUGAACGUGGAUGCCACGCGAUACCGGACAACCUUCUCGGCCCUUGUAGCUCUUGCUCAGUCUCUCAACAAGGAGAGCGAAGGUAGACGAACAUUGGCUUGGAUUUGGAUGGCUCCUGGAGCCGGUGAAGGCAGUGUAGGAGACACGCAAGACAGUCUUCGAAUAGAGUGGUGUAAGGCAAGAGCGCGAGCCCAUAGGUGGACAGAAGAAUGCCAGUUGCUGGAAGAGGAGAUGCGCCGUGUCCUCGAAUUCCAAGAGUGGAUAGCAUCUUGGUGGCUUGACCAAGCAGAAAGGAAUGUCGGAAGGUCACCUGAACAUGAAGAGGGCUCCGUCGCAUAUGCAUAUCGCCAGGCUGAAAUACGCCGAGCCAUAAGCAGCAUUUGUGAACGAGCAUGGAAGGAUGUGCCGGAAUGGCUGGAGGUAGAAGACGAGGUGGAUUAG